AUGGAGGGAUCGGCGACGGAGGGCAAUCACGGAGGUGAUCCCCGCGCCGAGCAUGCCGCAACCAAGGAGUCCGAGGCGGCGGCAACGCAACACCAUCUGACGUUGCUCCAGCCGACCGUGGUCGAAGUUUCUGCAGCCGUGCUGGAUAAGGACAAGGUGGGGGAGCUCGAUUCGAUGGGGCUGGUCAGUGGCUCUCCACCUUCUGGUGGACGGGGGAGGCGUAGGCAGAGGAAGAGCGAUGGGGAGGACGAUUAUGACACCGCCGUGCACGGGGACCUCAUUACGCGGGCGAAAAGGCGGCAGACGACAGGUAGUGCUGACGACGCCGGAGGCGCGGCAGUUGGGACACCACGAGGCGCCAAGGAAGCUAGUGGCAAGGCGGGCAGUCAAGCAUUGCGCCAGAAGGGCCGACCCGCAGCAAGAAAAGCAUCCGGCGGAAGGAGAGGCAAGAAAGCAGCGACGGGAACAAAGCCGAAACGGGGCGAUGAAGACCCCGGUGAUGCGGAGGAGGAGGAGGAUGAGGAGGAGGAUGCGGAGGGAGAGGAGGAUGCAGAGGAAGUGGAGGAGGAUGACGCGGAUGUUGGGGAGGAUGAAAAAGAUGAGAAUGAUGGCGGGGAGGACGAAGAGGAGGAGGAGGAGGAGGAUGAGGAGGAGGAGGAGGAGGAUGAGGAGGAGGAGGAGGAGGAGGAGGAGGAGGCAGAGGAGGAGGAGGAGGAGGAUGAGGAGGAGGAGGAGGAGGAGGAGGAGCAGGGUGACGACGAGGAGGAGGAUGUGGAGGAGGAGGAGGAGGAGGCAGCAGAGGAGGAGGAGGAGGAGGAGGAGGAGGAGGAGGAGGAGGAGGAGGAGGAGGAGGAGGAGGAGUAG